AUGCUCGGAGAACCUCACCAAGUGCCUCCUCAGUCACACGAGUUCUCGUUCUCGGAGAGCGAGGGAUCCUCCUCCCUCCAGCUCCUCCGGUGCUCGGCAGAAAUCCCCCACGUCCAGCCGGCGUCCUUCAGCCGCGGUGAAACGUCAGUGCGGACGCCCGGAGCCGCCUGUAUCUUUUUCUGUUCCCGACACCAAGACAGGUUUGCUCCUGCCGACAUCUCGGAGACGUCCACGCUGGGGGUGAGCUCGCCGGCCGUCCCGCAGGUCAGUUCCCGCGGUCGGUCUCGGGACGGGACCCCGCUCUGUGUCCUCCCGGAUUCCACAGACCCGCCCACGGAGCUCGGGUUCAACAUGAAGAUGUGGCUCGGUCUCGCCCUCCUGCUCUACCCUGGUCCCGAACUGUUUAGAACCACGCUGGCAUCGCCUGGCAUCGAGCCGAGGUGUGAAGCUUUCUCCUAUCACCCUGUCUGUCCGAUGGUUCUACAACCCCUGUGUGGCAGCAACGGGGUCACGUUCACCAGCCUCUGCAACCUGUGUCUGUAUAACUGGGGAACCGGCUUCAGGAUUAAAAUCCUACACGAGGGGCCGUGCGGUUCGUUGGCCGCCCCCACACAAUUCAAAAUAAAGCGAUCAAAUGCAUAGAAGCGGAGCAGCCUGGGGACGUCCCACGGCAGGAAUUGAAGUGCUAUGUCGACCCGACCCUUAGCCCGGGCGGGGACAAGCUUACUGGCGUCUGCGAUAUUGAACCCACCAGGAUCUAUCUUCUCGACCUCGAAUCACCUCAGCGACCGGGCACCAGGGGAGAGUCACGGAAUCACAGAACAGAACCAGGCCCUUCAGCCCAUCUAGUCCAUGCUGCACCAUUCGACCCGCCCUCCACAACCCCACCUAUGCUUGCACCGCCCUCCGAGUGAAGUUUCGCCCCACGUUCCCCUUAAGCAUUUCACCUUCCACCCUUAGCCCGUGUCCUCCAGUUCCAGUGUCGCCGGCCUCAGCGGAAGAGCUGAUCCGUCUACCAGCCUCGGGAGGGGCCCCCUUGGAUUCGGUCCACCCCCUCAUUCCUCCCAACCGGAGAAGCUGAUCCCCACCCCUGACUGUCCCACACAGUCACAAAGGGAUUCUGCAGAGGCUGGAAAGGCCGGAGGGACUCGGAGCGUCUGUGGAGGGGGACGUUUCGGGCCGAGACCCUUUCAGCGGGGCGGGCAAAGCGCCACGCAGGCAAAAGCUCCUCAAAAUCAGGUUCUGAUCCGGGCAGAGGUCGUAAAACUUGCCCGUUUUGCAGCAGCGGAACACUGCAACCCGUGAGAUGCCGUUAGUUAAAA